UCGUCGUCGUCGUCGUCGUCGUCGUCGUCGUCGUCGGCCUCCGUAGCUGGUUCGGCUGGGGGCGGCUCUGCGGCUCCCCGCAGCGCUGCAGCUGCCGCCCAGUGAUCCCCGGGUCCUGGCGGCCUCCAGGGUAUCGGCGUCCUCCGACGCAUGGCCGACCCCGCGCUUCCGGAGCGCCUCGCGGGGCCAGCCGGGCCUGGCGCGGCGCGCGCGGCCUGGGACUCGGCGCUGGCCGAGCUGAGCGGUGGGGGCCCCGACAUCGGCAGACGGGAGGUGUCAGGGAGCUUUUCGCUGUGGUUGUGGCGCUUCUACGAGGCCUGGCGGCAGCCCACUGGCGCUGGCCCGCAGGCGCCGGCGCUGGCGCCAGCCACUGGGGACGCGCAUGCCUCGCAGCCGCCGGGUGUCCCCCGCGCGUCGGUGCUCGAGCGGGAGGAGACCCGCGUGACGCUUGCCGGCGUGUUCCAGGCCCGUCAGGCCGCAGCGGUCUCCAUGCAGGGCUUCCGGCGCCGCGACCUGAACCAGACGUACGCGGAGGAGCCAGGGCAAGAGGUGGCCGGGUUGCCCACGUGGUGGUCCGAAGACGGGCGCUACUUCAUCUACUACGCCGAGGAGUACGCCCACUGGAAGGUGAACGCGCUGCGGAGCGCGGGCGGAGACGGCCUGGCGGCCGUGCUGCCCGGCGCGCGCCGUGCGGGGUGCGGCUUCGCGCACAGCGGUGCCGUGGGCGGCCACGGAGGCAGCCAGGGCGCCGCCGCGGCCGCCCUCUGCGACCCCGAGGGCUGGUUCGAGCUUGCCGAGGGGGACUGGGAGCCAGCGCAGCCGCGCCUGGAGCGCCUCCCGGCCCUGGCGAUGAGCUUCACUUCGGACGCCGUCCAGGCCGAGUCGGUGGUCGCCGCCGGGGAGGACUCCACCAGAGAGCGCCGGGGGGGCGGGAGCGUCGAGUUCCGCGGCAUCCCCGGGGGAGGCAAAAGGUUGGGGCAGCCCAGGGGGUGGACACUUCACGCCUUCGCCUCGCCUGGGAGCCUCGCCGAGCACAAGGGCGACUGGAGCCCCUGGAUACUCUGGCGACAAAAAACGCCCAGUUGAGCAGG